AUGUCGAACACUAAUAACACUGUUGAAAGAAUUCCCUAUUCCAAGUACAGAAAGUUUGGAAAUACUGGCUUACGAGUCUCUCCAAUUUGUUUUGGAUGUAUGAGUUUCGGAUCAUCAAAAUGGCAAAAUUGGGUCUUGGAAGAAGAAGAGUCUAUGAAGUUAUUGAAGAGAGCCUAUGAUUUGGGAAUUAACUUUUUUGAUACUGCUGAUAUGUAUAGCAAUGGUGAGAGCGAGAGAAUUUUAGGAAAAUUCCUCAAGCAAAAUAACAUUCCAAGAGAAGAAGUGGUCAUUGCAACCAAAGUGUUUUUCCCUGUGGACAAAAGUGGGGAACAAAAACCUUUGCUUUUCCAACCAGAGAAGGUGGUUCCAAACACAAGUGGACUCUCCAGAAAGCACAUUAUGCAUGCUGUUGAGGAUUCCUUGCAAAGAUUGGGAACUGACUAUAUUGAUUUGUACAUUAUUCACCGUUGGGACAAUAACACACCAAUUGAAGAAACUAUGGAAGCAUUACAUGAUCUUGUGAAAUCUGGAAAGGUCAGAUAUAUUGGUGCCUCUAGUAUGUGGGCUUGGCAAUUCGCUAAAGCUCAAUUCAUUGCCGAGAAGAGAGGAUGGACAAAAUUCGUUUCCAUGCAAAAUUUGUACAAUUUGAUUUAUCGUGAAGAAGAAAGAGACAUGAUUCCAUUGUGUCGUGAUUUGGGAGUUACUGUGACACCAUGGUCUCCAAUUGCUCGUGGUAUCUUGGCUCGUGCUCAUGAAUUUGUCAAUACCAAUGAUUUUAGAGGCACUACUGUUCGUUCAGGAACAGAUCCAUUCUUGAAAAUGUUUGAGAAUGCUGUCAAUGAGGGUGAUAAGGAAAUUUUGAGACGAGUUUCUGAACUUUCCAAGAAAAAGAAUGUAACACCUGCUCAACUUGCUAUUGCAUGGGUGUUGCAUAAGCCUGGAGUUUCAAGUCCAGUAAUUGGAGCGACCAAAUUGGAAAAUGUGGAUUUGAAUGUCGCAGCAGUGAAUAUUGAACUCAGUGCUGACGAUUUGAAAUAUCUUGAGGAGCCUUACAAAGCUAAGGCUGUUCAAGGUGGAUUGCAGUAA